UACUCCGCUUCACAGAAUAUUGUGUUGGUUCUUCUGGUCCCUGUCGCUUAUAUCCUUAAGUUGUAUCCCAUGCUAACCUGGAACACGGUUCCGGACGACGUCUUUUCAUUCCACCUCCUUGCAUUUGAUGAUGAGGCAAUUGCAGGACAUCUGUCCCAGAUUGUGUUCAAAUAUACAUGUCCAUGGUGGAUUGGAAACACCACAAUCCCGGAUCAACCAUGGCAGUGGGAUGAAAUAAUGGCUUCCUGCGUCUCUCACUACCAGUAUUGGGCGCUUAAUGUUGAGGAUGAUGCUUUGGUUCUUCCAGAGAAGUUGAAAAACACUUUGACUCCACCACUUAUGGGACUGAGGUGGAUUAAAGAAUGCAUGGAAGCAUUGAUGGAGGAGCAAGAUCAUGGCAUCAAAGCCAAGAUGGCAGAGGUGAAGAUGUACACUGACAUGUUAGAGAAAUUGAGGAAAGGCAAAGGAGUCCCGGGUCCUGAGUCCCAAAUUUUGGAGUUCGGGGUUCGGCGACCCAGAGCUCGGCAACUGUGUUGGGUGUCAGGGUAUCGGGAGCAUUGGAGAUCGCAUGUGUCAGUAUUUUGCGUUUCAUGGUUCAUGUUUGGUGAUUAUGGAAUCGGGCGUCAGGGACUCGGUAUUCAGAACAGUGUGGAGUCCCAGGUCACGAGCUCCGAGUCCCGAGUCCCGAAUUUUGGAGUUCAGGGUUCAGAAACCCGGAGCUCGGCAACUGUGUUGGGUGUCAGGGUAUCGGGAGCAUUGGAAAUCGCAUUUGGACUCGGUAUUCAGAACAGUGUGGAGUCCCAGGUCACGAGCUCCGAGUCCCGAGUCCCGAAACCCGGGUCCCAAGUCCUGAAUUUCAGAGUUCGGGGUUCGGCAACCCGGAGCUCGGCAACUGUGUUGGGUGUCAGGGUAUCGGGAGCAUUGGAGAUCGCAUGUGGACUCGGUAUUCAGAACAGUGUGGAGUCCCAGGUCACGAGCUCCGAGUCCCGAGUCCCGAAACCCACCGUGCGGGACUCGGAGCUCGUGACUGGGGACUCGACACUGUUCUGA